AGUUGCCCGUGUGAAGUAUUGCAAGAUUAUUUGAAUGUUUCUGGGACAAAGAGGACUGGUUGAUUAUCUCUCGUUCUCUGAUUUUAAUAAUAAGUGAAGAAGAGCCUCAAAGUGUUGUGAGUAAAGACGAGGAUUUCUCCUCCUGCCCAGGGCCUGUCAUGGAUGAAGAGACUCAGCACAGCCUUGAAUGCAUCCAGGCUAAUCAGAUUUUUCCCAGGAAGCAGCUGAUCCGAGAGGAUGAGAACCUUCAGGUCCCAUUCAUUGAACUUCAUGGUGAGAGUACAGAGUAUGUAGGACGAGCAGAGGAUGCCAUCAUUGCACUUUCAAAUUACAGGCUUCACAUCAAAUUCAAGGAGUCUGUUGUGAAUGUUCCAUUGCAGCUGAUAGAAAGCGUUGAGUGCCGUGAUAUAUUUCAACUUCACUUGACAUGCAAGGACUGCAAGGUUAUAAGGUGUCAGUUUUCCACUUUUGAGCAGUGUCAGGACUGGCUGAAGCGCCUGAACAACGCCAUCCGCCCCCCGUCGAAGAUCGAGGACCUCUUCUCCUUCGCCUACCACGCCUGGUGCAUGGAGGUGUAUGCCAGUGAGAAGGAGCAGCACGGGGAUUUGUGUCGGCCAGGAGAACAUGUAACUUCAAGGUUUAAAAAUGAAGUGGAGCGGAUGGGGUUUGAUAUGAACAAUGCCUGGAGGAUUUCCAACAUCAAUGAGAAGUACAAACUCUGUGGCAGUUACCCCCAGGAGAUCAUAGUUCCUGCCUGGAUCACAGAUAAAGAGCUAGAGAGUGUGGCAAGCUUUCGGUCCUGGAAACGUAUCCCUGCUGUUGUGUACAGGCACCAGAGCAAUGGAGCAGUUAUUUCUCGCUGUGGACAGCCCGAGGUCAGCUGGUGGGGCUGGAGGAAUGCAGAUGAUGAACACCUUGUCCAGUCUGUAGCCAAAGCCUGUGCCUCAGAUUCGAGGUCCAACAGUAACAAAUUAAUGAAUGGAAAUUGUUCCAGAGAUUUCUCCAAUGGCGGGGACCUCUCUGAUGUGGAAUUUGAUUCCUCCAUCUCUAAUGCUUCAGGAGCAGAGAGUUUGGCAAUACAGCCUCAGAAGCUUUUGAUCUUGGACGCACGAUCUUACGCAGCAGCUGUGGCAAACAGAGCCAAAGGGGGGGGCUGUGAGUGCCCAGAAUAUUAUCCCAACUGUGAAGUGGUGUUCAUGGGGAUGGCAAAUAUUCAUUCCAUCCGGAAGAGCUUUCAGUCGCUGCGUUUGCUCUGCACACAGAUGCCAGACCCAGGAAACUGGUUAUCAGCUCUGGAAAGUACCAAGUGGCUGCAGCACUUGUCUGUGCUCCUGAAGUCGGCGCUGCUGGUGGUUCAUGCCGUGGACCGCGACCAGCGGCCGGUCCUGGUGCACUGCUCAGACGGCUGGGACCGGACCCCCCAGAUCGUGGCACUGGCCAAACUGCUGCUCGAUCCCUAUUACAGGACCACAGAGGGUUUCCAGGUGCUAGUGGAGACGGAGUGGCUGGAUUUUGGCCACAAGUUUGCAGAUCGCUGUGGCCAUGGUGAGAAUUCGGAUGACCUAAAUGAGCGCUGCCCAGUGUUUUUACAGUGGCUGGACUGCGUCCAUCAGCUCCAGAGGCAGUUCCCUUGCUCUUUCGAGUUUAACGAAGCAUUCCUUGUGAAGUUGGUGCAGCACACCUACUCUUGCCUCUUUGGUACAUUCCUGUGCAACAAUGCGAAAGAGAGAGGAGAAAAACACACUCAGGAACGGACCUGUUCUGUCUGGUCUUUGCUGCGGGCAGCAAACAAAGCCUUCAAAAACCUGCUCUACUCCUCCCAGUCCGAAUCUGUGCUGUACCCCGUGUGCCACGUGCGGAAUCUAAUGCUCUGGAGUGCUGUGUACCUGCCAUGCUCUUCCCCCUCGACGCCCACCGAUGACACCUGUGCCCCUUACCCUGUUCCAGGCUCUAGCCCUGAAGAUCAGCCUCUGGGCAG